CGCGCUCCUCUUUGACAGCAGCACCGCGUCUCUCUAAAGAAAUCUCAUCCCUCACUUUUCCGCCGUUCACCUUGCCGCUCUCAUUAUCCGCACGGGCAGCCGGAGAGAGAGCGCAGCUGCCUUGGGCCCUGUGUCUGGAAUAAGGAAGCUUUGCUGUUUCUGACUGGAGAGAAGAAAGAUAAGACUCCUCUGGAUUUCCGAGCACAUGCGAUCCGGACCUCUCGAUGUGACCAAGUGAACUGAAAGGGGAAUCUCGAGGAGUUUCAUCCUUUCCCUCCUCCAGUCGAGGCAGCCUUGCUGUGAGCUUUCAUACGCAGGCGAGACUACAGCAGCACAACAGUGCCACCCAGGCCUGGUGACAUGUGUUCAUGUGACGGCAAGACGUUGGCACCUGAGUGACCCCGGGGAACAGCCGCACCUCUGGUUCUCUUCCCUGAGACGACCACAACAGGAUGAACGUUGGACGAAGGUCUCAGGGAAGAGGAUGUUCCACUGAUUUUCACACCUCCAAUCUCAAGCUCUCACACCACUGAGACGGACAUUGGGGUGUGUAAAGGCUGUGAAAACCCUGCAUCUGAGAGAUCAGACCCAGCUGACUCACGGCGGCCUGUGAGCCAGUGAGAUCCAGGCUGCGGAAGGAUGCUGGUGCCAAGCUGUCACAUGAUGCACACGGCCAGGCCUGCGGGGCUGCUGCUCCUCUCUCUGCUGCUCCUCGCCGACGCUGAGACGCCACCAAAGUUCCUCAGAACCCCCAACGACCAGACAGGAGUACAGGGCGGGGUCGCAUCCUUCAUCUGCCAGGCCACGGGGGACCCCCGGCCCAAAAUAGUGUGGAACAAGAAGGGGAAGAAAGUCAGCAACCAGCGCUUUGAGGUGAUAGAGUUUGACGAUGGCUCUGGGUCUGUGCUGAGAAUUCAGCCGCUUCGUACCCCGCGAGACGAAGCCAUUUAUGAAUGCGUGGCCUCCAACAGUGUGGGGGAGAUCAGUGCUUCCACGAGACUCAAUGUUUUGCGUGAGGACCAGUUGCCCUCGGGGUUCCCCACCAUCGACAUGGGUCCCCAGCUGAAAGUGGUGGAGCGAACCCGCACAGCCACCAUGCUGUGUGCCGCCAGCGGCAAUCCGGACCCAGACAUCACUUGGUUCAAGGACUUCCUGCCUGUCAACACGUCCAACAACAAUGGACGAAUCAAGCAGCUGAGAUCAGAGUCCUUUGGUGGUACACCAAUAAGAGGUGCCCUCCAGAUCGAGCACAGCGAGGAGUCGGACCAGGGCAAGUACGAGUGCGUCGCCACCAACAACGACGGCACCCGCUACUCUGCGCCCGCCAACCUAUACGUGAGAGAGCUGCGAGAAGUGCGAAGAGUGCCGCCCCGCUUCUCGAUCCCCCCCACGGACAGCGAGAUCAUGCCCGGCGGCAGUGUGAACAUCACCUGCGUGGCAGUGGGCUCGCCGAUGCCUUAUGUCAAGUGGAUGCUGGGGUCUGAAGACCUCACGCCUGAGGACGACAUGCCCAUUGGCCGCAACGUGUUGGAGCUCACGGAUGUGCGCCAGUCAGCCAACUACACCUGCGUGGCCAUGUCCACCCUGGGCGUCAUAGAGGCUGUGGCGCAGAUUACCGUCAAAGCCCUGCCCAAAGCGCCGGGGACACCCGUGGUGACGGAACGGACGGCCACCAGCAUCACGCUCACCUGGGACUCGGGCAACCCGGAGCCAGUAUCCUACUACGUCAUCCAGCACAAGUCCAAGCUGUCCGAGGACACGUAUAAGGAGAUCGAUGGCGUGGCCACCACCCGCUACAGCGUUGGCGGCCUCAGCCCCUACUCAGACUACGAGUUCCGCGUGGUGGCGGUGAACAAUAUCGGCCGGGGGCCCCCCAGUGAGGCCAUCGAGGCACGCACAGCGGAGCAGGCCCCGAGCACGGCGCCACGGCAGGUCCGGGGCCGCAUGCUCAGCAGCACCACGGCCAUCAUCCAUUGGGACGAGCCUGAGGAGGCCAACGGGCAGAUCAUGGGCUACCGCGUCUACUACACCACGGAGCCCAGCCUUCAGGUGAACCACUGGGAAAAGCAGAUGGUGCGCGGGGCCAACUUUCUCACCAUCCAGGGGCUCACGCCUAACAAAACCUACUACAUCAGGGUGCUUGCCUUCACCUCGGUGGGUGAUGGGCCACUCUCGCCAGACUUGCAGAUCAUAGCCAAGACCGGAGUUCCGUCUCAGCCUACUGACUUCAAGGCCGAAGCCAAAUCUGAAACCAGUAUACUGUUGUCAUGGAUACCGCCGUCACAGAAUGGCCAAGACAAUCAAAUCACUGGAUAUGAGCUUGUCUAUAGGAAGGGGGAUGAGAAAGAAGAGAAGCGUGUCAGCUUUGAACCCACAACCACCUACCUGCUGAAGGACCUGAAGCCCUUCUCCACGUACACGUUCCUGCUGGCGGCGCGCAGUAAGCACGGCGUGGGUGCCUACACCAACGAGAUCUCCGCUGAGACGCCCCAGACACAGCCCUCGGCACCUCCUCAGCACGUAAGGUGCUCGAGCCCCAGUUCCACCAGUAUUCUGGUAAGUUGGCUGCCGCCCCCCGUGGAGCUACAAAAUGGGAUCAUUACCAAGUACUCGGUGCAGUAUGCCGCCGUCGAAGGGGAGGACACGUCUCCGCGUCAGAUUUCGAGCCUCCCUCCGGAAAGCUCUCAGUACCUGUUGGAGAACUUGGAAAAAUGGACUGAGUACCGCGUGACCGUGAGGGCCCACACGGACGUUGGACCAGGCCCCGAAAGCAUUCCGCUGCUCGUCCGCACCGACGAAGACGUUCCCAGCGGUCCCCCUCGCAAAGUCGAGGUGGAGGCCGUCAACUCCUCGUCCGUUAAAGUGCUGUGGCGCUCGCCCCUGCCCAACAGGCAGCACGGCCAGAUCCGCGGCUACCAGGUGCACUAUGUGAAGAUGGUAAAUGGCGAACCACUGGGACAGCCAGUCAUCAAAGACAUCCUGAUUGAUGAUGCUCAGUGGGAAUAUGAUGACUCAACUGAACAUGAGAUGAUUCUCUCGGACCUCCAAGCAGAAACCACAUACUCUGUGGCCGUCGCGGCCUACACAACCAAGGGGGAUGGGGCACGCAGCAAGCCAAAAGUGGUGUCUACCACCGGCGCGGUACCAGAAAAGCCCAAACUCAUGGUGAGCGCCACCAACAUGGGCACAGCACUGUUGCAGUGGCAUCCACCCACAAUAACCCACGGUCCGUUGCAAGGCUACCGGCUACUCUUUGGCCGCAAAGACAUCGAGCCAUUGGCCAUCGUUGAGUUCCCGGAGAGGGAGAACCAUUACACUACGAGGGAGAUCCAUAAAGGUGCUUCGUAUGUCUUCCGCCUGGCGGCUCGCAACAAGGUGGGCUUCGGGGAGGAGACAGUGAAGGAGAUUACCACCCCGGAGGACCUGCCCAAUGGGUUCCCUCAGGGCAUUCGGGCUGAGAGCACAACUGCCACCACGAUCCAGGUCAGCUGGGGGCCCCCUCUGUUGGCCGAGCGCAACGGCAACAUUGUCAAGUACGGCCUGCAGUACAAGGACAUCAACAGUCCACGGAGCCCGUCGGAACUGUUCAUCGCCGCCCCCGAGUCAACGGUCACGCUGGAUGGCCUCAAAGCAGAUACCACAUACGAUAUCAAAAUGUGCGCGUUCACCAGCAAAGGCUCCGGCCCCUAUAGUCCCAGUGUCCAGUUCAGAACGCAGCCUCUGGACCAAGCAGUGUUUGCAAAAAAUUUCCGCGUGAAAGCGGCAAUGAAGACAUCAGUCCUGCUCAUGUGGGAGAUCCCAGAGAACUACAACCCAGCACAGCCUUUCACAAUCCUGUAUGACAACGGGCAGAGUGUCGAGGUGGAUGGCAGGCUCACCCAGAAGUUGAUCACCAACCUGCAGCCCGAGACACAGUACUCUUUCCUGCUGACCAACCGCGGGAACAGCGCAGGGGGCCUGCAGCACCGCGUGUCCGCCGUGACAGCACCCGAUGUGCUGCGCACCAAGCCCUUCCUCAUCGGAAAAACCAACUCGGACGGCAUGGUGACCGUGGAGCUGCCCGCUGUGCAGGCCACGCAGAAAGUCAGGGGAUACUACAUCGUGGUGGUGCCACUGAAGAAGCAGCGCACGGGCAAGUUCUUCAAACCCUGGGAUACCCCGGAUGAGAUGAACCUGGAGGAGCUUCUUAAAGAGAUUAACAGAACGAGCAGAAGCCUUCGGUUGCGGAGGGAGGACGAGCCCAAGGCCUACAUCGCCGCCUUCUUCCGAGAGCUUCCCACCGAGUUCACCCUGGGGGACAGGAAGGUCUAUGGCGACUUUGAGAACAAACCGCUGCAGAGCGGCCAGGAAUACAUCUUUUUUGUCCUGGCAGUCCUGGAAAGCUCGGAAAAUACCAUGUACUCCACCAGCCCAUACUCAGACCCCGUGGUGUCGGCCGACAUCGACCCGCAACCCAUCAUCGACGAGGAGGAGGGUCUCAUCUGGGUGGUGGGUCCGGUGCUCGCCGUGGUCUUCAUCAUCUGCAUCGUCAUCGCCAUCCUCCUUUACAAGAGCAAGCCAGACAGGAAAAGGGCGGAGUCUGACACCAGGAAGGGCAGUCUUCCCAACCCCAAAGAGAUGCCGUCACAUCACCCCACCGAUCCCGUGGAGCUGCGGCGCCUCAACUUUCAGACCCCGGGUUCAGGUGUCGCUGGUUACCCCGGUAACCUCCAUAUGUCAAGCAUGGCCAGUCAUCCCCCGAUCCCUAUCAUGGAGCUCGCCGAUCAUCUAGAACGCUUGAAGGCCAAUGACAACUUGAAGUUCUCUCAAGAAUAUGAGUCCAUUGACCCCGGGCAGCAGUUCACGUGGGAGCACUCCAAUCUGGAGGUGAACAAGCCGAAGAACAGAUACGCCAAUGUGAUCGCGUACGACCACUCGAGAGUCCUCCUCUCCGCCAUCGAAGGCAUCCCCGGAAGCGAUUACAUCAACUCCAACUAUAUAGAUGGCUACCGGAAGCAGAACGCGUACAUCGCCACGCAGGGCCCCCUGCCGGAGACGUUCGGGGACUUCUGGAGGAUGAUCUGGGAGCAGCGCAGCGCCAACAUCGUCAUGAUGACCAAACUGGAGGAGAGAUCAAGGGUUAAGUGCGACCAGUACUGGCCCACAAGGGGCACGGAGACCUACGGGCUGAUACAGGUCAGCCUGCUGGACACGGUGGAGCUGGCCACAUACUGCGUUCGGACGUUUGCGCUGUAUAAAAACGGCUCCAGCGAGAAGAGGGAGGUCCGGCAGUUCCAGUUCACCGCUUGGCCGGACCACGGGGUUCCUGAGCACCCCACUCCCUUCCUGGCCUUCCUGAGACGGAUCAAGUCUUGCAACCCGCCGGAUGCUGGUCCAAUGGUGGUGCACUGCAGCGCCGGCGUGGGCCGGACAGGCUGCUUCAUCGUCAUCGACGCCAUGCUGGAGCGGAUAAAGCACGAGAAGACGGUGGACAUCUACGGCCACGUGACACUCAUGCGCGCCCAGCGCAACUACAUGGUGCAGACGGAGGACCAGUACGUGUUCAUCCACGACGCGCUGCUGGAGGCCGUCACGUGCGGCAACACCGAGGUGCCCGCCAGGAACCUGUACGCAUACAUCCAGAAGCUGACGCAGAUGGAGUCCGGCGAGAACGUCACGGGGAUGGAGCUGGAGUUCAAGCGUCUGGCCAACACCAAGGCCCACACAUCCCGAUUCAUCAGCGCCAACCUCCCCUGCAACAAGUUCAAGAACCGCCUGGUGAACAUCAUGCCCUACGAGUCGACCCGAGUAUGUCUGCAGCCCAUCCGGGGGGUCGAGGGUUCCGACUACAUCAACGCCAGCUUCAUCGACGGGUACAGACAGCAGAAAGCCUACAUCGCCACGCAGGGACCUCUGGCAGAGACCACUGAGGACUUCUGGAGGAUGCUCUGGGAACACAACUCCACCAUCGUGGUGAUGCUCACAAAGCUCCGGGAGAUGGGCCGGGAGAAGUGCCAUCAGUACUGGCCGGCAGAGAGGUCGGCGCGGUACCAGUACUUCGUAGUGGAUCCCAUGGCGGAGUACAACAUGCCCCAGUACAUCCUGAGGGAGUUCAAAGUCACGGAUGCCAGAGACGGGCAGUCGCGGACAGUGAGGCAGUUCCAGUUCACCGACUGGCCGGAGCAAGGAGUGCCGAAGUCCGGAGAAGGGUUCAUCGACUUCAUCGGCCAAGUGCACAAAACGAAAGAGCAGUUUGGCCAAGACGGACCCAUCACGGUGCACUGUAGUGCUGGCGUUGGGAGAACCGGGGUUUUCAUCACCCUCAGCAUCGUCCUGGAGAGAAUGCGAUAUGAGGGUGUGGUGGACAUCUUCCAAACGGUGAAGAUGCUGAGAACCCAGAGGCCUGCAAUGGUACAGACAGAGGAUCAGUAUCAGUUCUGCUACAGAGCGGGGCUGGAGUACCUGGGGAGCUUCGAUCACUAUGCAACGUAAAAGUCGCGUUUGCAGCGGAAAAGCAGCUGGCCAUCAGAGUCCGGAGAGCUGCUCCUGAGCCAUACUUAUCUGCUUCAGAAGUACUUCUUCACUUCUAGCUAAAGACAAAUUAAGUGUCAAUUGUGUAACACAAAACAAACGAAAAACAAAAAAAGGAAAAAAAAAAAGAAAAAAAAAAAAAGAGAUUCCAGGUGGACCAAGAAUUUACUCGUUUGAUAAACUACCCUGCGACGUGACACAGGAAUCCUGACUGUUGAAGCAGCGUGAGGAUUGUGUUUAGUUUUCAUUUUCUUUUGCUCCGAGGAUUCGACUUGGGUUCAAAACAAACACAAGCACCACCACUAGGGCGGCGCCGAGUCACAGCGAAGGGAGCAGCGAUGGCGGACAGGGCGGCCUGGAGCUGAACGGACACUGUCAAUCAAACUCUGGAGGUUUCCACGGUUACAAACACGGGGACACUUUUAAAAAAAAGGACACCACUGUCUGGUGAAGCCGGAAACGACGACACGGCAACAAUAAUAAAGCCCGCCCCCUACAUGAGGUUCGCGGUUAAUAAUCGGGGAAGAUGGGCAACGUUUAAAGAAAUAAAACUUACUGAUUUAGUUUUUUAGUACUUUAUUAUACAGCUGACCUGUGCUUCAUUUUUAACUGUGUAAAAUUAUUUCCCUUUUUUAACAAACUUUUAUCAUUUGAUGAAGUGAAUUAAACAGAACAUUUGCUUAAUUCGUUUUUUUCAACGUUUAGGGUUUUUUUUAAAGCCUUAGAGCUGCUCUAAUGUAUGUGUCUUCAACAGAGGAAAUACCCACUUUUUUUAGCUCUUUUAUUUAUUUCUUUUUCUUUUUCUUUUUUCCCCAGUUUGUGGCACAUUUUUCUGUGCAGCCCUGUCUUUACACUCUCAGCGUUACCGAAUUCUUUCUUCGCGUUCAUUUUUUUUUAACUUUCUCCAUUUUAGAAACACAAAUUACUAUUGCCCACAACGCCCAAUGUUAUAAACUGGGACUUUGGGGAAUCAACAGGGAUGAGCACAGUAUGAAGUCGCUGCUAUAUCAAUUAUAUAAGUUCUUCCAUGCUAAGAUGACGUAUAAGUUUGCCAAACCCGCCUCAGAAGAAGAAUGCCCUACGCAGAUAUAUAGAAACGUGUUCAACACUAAAGAAUAUAAAUACAUUUAUCAAUAUAUACAAGUGUAUCUACUUUAAAAGUAAUUUCGAGAAAGCUUGCACAGUCACGUUUCUGUGCUUUUGGGGAACGUUCCACUGGAAUGCACAUCAGUGAGACAAAGCGGUAUUCUGACACAUUGCAACUUUUCUCGUGCAAUAAAUAGGUGUUUUACAGGUAGGACUUUAGUCGUUCUUUUCGGACUCGGUGCGCGUUUGCGUCUCGGAGAGCGUUUUGCGCCGUCCUCGCCCCGUCGCGCGCCUACAGCGGCCUGCAGCGGCCUACAGCGGCCCGCGUGCCCCGCGUGGGCGCUGCCCUUCGGCUCGACGGGCCGAGGCUCGGAGACACCGCGGUCGUUCGGUUUCCGUACGGUCAACCGCACAGAAUUCUUUCAUUUAGCAUUUAGAGUGCCUUAUAUCUUAUGCCUUUUUUAAAAAAUAAUAUUUCUUUCAAAUAUUUUGUGCAUUAGUAAAUCGGUCUAUAUAAUACACACGCGCGCACACAAAAUGUAUAUUUUAUGUAAUUUAUGUUUCUGUAUGAUGUAUGAAAUGAUAUAUGCAAAUGAGGCCAUUGCAGCGCUCCUGUCUCUGGAUGUUUUUCGGGACGGAGUCGACACCCAUCCUGACUCCCCGUCUUUAAAAUUAUUAAUGUUGUAUUCCUGUAUAUUUUAACCAGCACUUUGAAGCCGUAUACGUAGUUACAUAUAUAUAUAUAUAUAUAUAUAUAUAUAUAUAUAUAUAUUAUAGAAAUGUUUGUCAGCAUGCAGCAGUGUUACACGUGUCAGGGUAGUGACGGUAACGUGCCAUGUUGUGUAGAGAUGACAAACAUUCGCAUCUCUAAAGAGAUCAACACGCUGCUUCAGACUGUUUUAAGACCAAACCUUAGCAGUGAAGAACGAGCACUUUCUCUACAACGCUUCGGAUGGCUAUCUCUAGGCAGGUCCUGGAAAAAGGUACGGUUAGGAAGAACGCACUGAAGAAACGAAAGUCUGUUUCGAAAAAGGCCUCCAUCACCGUGGUAAAAACAGAGCAGUGCUGCGGAGACGUUAGAGGAAGGGAAAACUUGACCACUGGAACAGGUUAGCAUUUAAAUCCUGACAACCCUUUAGUAAGGUGUUUAGUACUUCUGCUAUAGUGGCACUAUAUAAUAUAUAUAUACACAGUAUAUAUAUCUAUAUAUAUACACAGUAUAUAUCUAUAUAUAUAUAUAUAUAUAUAUAUAUAUAUGAAUAAUUUUUAAAAAAAUCCGUACUGACAUCUAUACCAGACAUCUUUUGUUUCACUUUUUCUCCAUGGGCUGUAGCGAUGUGCAUUCCAGUUGUCUUCUUUCCCUUACGUCAAGCAGUCACUCUACUAAUUGGAAAAGAAGUCAAGAACUGUACUCGGCCAAUUGGAAUCUGCCACUUAUUCCACGCGACCAAUUGGAAACAGCCAGUUAUUUUUCGCGGCCAAUCGGAAUUAGCGGUUUACUCAACACAACCCGUCGGAACCUUUACCCUGUGCAGUGUCCUCACAUGUCAUAACUAUGUGAUAAAUGUGCUAUGAAUAUGUCAUAAAUAUGUCAAGUUAUAAUUUGGCACCACAUGAUUUAUCAGUCUGUGGACACAGUGUUCUGUUUUACAUUUGUAUUGACUACUCAUUUUCCAACAAUCUCUGUACCCGUAAUGUUCACAUUUGUCUGCUUAUGUUUUUAAUUUUCAUUGUUGUUUUUUCCUUUUCAUUUUUUUCCUUUUUUAUGCAUGUUAAAACAUCGCAGAAUGGCCAGGGAAGGCCCCCGUAGGAAGACUUGCACUUUCUAUAUCUUUGUACUAUGCACUGCCCUAUUGAUUCUAAACCCAAUAAUGCAUUACUUGAACCCAUCUGUAAGAAUUUACUGAAAUGUUCACUUUGUGUGUAUGUAAAUAACACAGAAAAUAAAAGAUAUCAGCUACAAAGAGGAAAAAAAAAAGACAAAAAAAAAGUUUGUGGCGAAAAGAAUCCGUUCUGGUGCCAUGAUACUCCAGCAGAUGACUGCAGAUCUGUCUUGACCAUCUGUCACGUGGCUUCGCCAGUGAGGCUUGGGGUGUCAUCACAAAAAUAAACGUUGUGUUCUCUGCUCUC